AUGUCCGGCAUCCAACCGGGCGAGGCAGAGCCUGGGACGGGGAGUGGGGGCGACGGGGAGUUUGGUCCGGUGGCGUGCUCGAGGGAGGCGGAGCCGGGCACGGGCGCGGGAGCCACAGCAGCAGAUUUGGGAAUGGGCAGGGGUGAAGCGGGUGGGGAGGGUGGGACGGGCCCCGUGGGCCGAAACGUCAUCUGCCUGUUGGGCAGGAUUGUUCGUCUAUGGCAACUUUGUUAG